GCCGCCGGUGGCCUCGGCGGCGGCGGCAGCGCACGAUGCGAGCGGGAGGGGAAGCGGCGGCCGAGGAGGAGGCGGCCGAGGGGGCCAAGCGCGGCGGAGGGGCGGCCGCGGGGAGAGCGCGGAGCCGCGGGGGGAAAGGGUCCCCGAACGGGGAGUGCCGCCGCGGGGAAGCGCCGCGCAGCCCCAGCGCGGAGCAGCCCCGAGAGCCCAAGGUCUCCUUCUCCUGCGGCGGCGGCGGCGGCGGCGGCGGCGGUGGCGGCAGCGCAUCUCCAGGCGGGGCCAAGGCGGCCGAAGAAGGCGACGAUGCGGGCGAGGAGGCCCGCGGGAGCCAGGCCAGCUUCAUGCAGAGGCAGUUCGGGGCCAUGCUCCAGCCCGGCGUCAACAAGUUCUCGCUGCGGAUGUUCGGUUCCCAGAAGGCGGUGGAACGGGAGCAGGAACGCGUCAAGUCAGCGGGGGCCUGGAUCAUCCAUCCCUACAGCGAUUUCAGGUUUUACUGGGACUUCACGAUGCUGCUCUUCAUGGUGGGCAACCUGAUCAUCAUUCCCGUGGGCAUCACCUUCUUCAAGGAGGAAACCACGGCGCCCUGGAUCGUGUUCAACGUGGUCUCUGACACCUUCUUCCUGAUGGACCUGGUGCUGAACUUCCGCACGGGGAUCGUCAUCGAGGACAACACGGAGAUCAUCCUGGACCCUGAGAGGAUCAAGAAGAAGUACCUCAAGACCUGGUUCGUGGUCGACUUUGUCUCCUCCAUCCCCGUGGACUACGUCUUCCUCAUCGUGGAGAAGGGCAUCGACUCGGAGGUGUACAAAACAGCCCGCGCCCUCCGCAUCGUCCGCUUCACCAAGAUCCUCAGCCUGCUGCGGCUGCUGCGCCUCUCCCGCCUCAUCCGCUACAUCCACCAGUGGGAGGAGAUCUUCCACAUGACCUACGACCUGGCCAGUGCCGUGAUGAGGAUCAUCAACCUCAUCGGCAUGAUGCUGCUGCUGUGCCACUGGGACGGCUGCCUCCAGUUCCUCGUGCCCAUGCUGCAGGAUUUCCCCCAGAACUGCUGGGUCUCCAUCAACGGGAUGGUGAACGACUCAUGGAGCGAGCUGUACUCCUUCGCCCUCUUCAAGUCCAUGAGCCACAUGCUGUGCAUCGGCUACGGCAAGCAGGCGCCCGAGAGCAUGACGGACAUCUGGCUGACCAUGCUGAGCAUGAUCGUGGGGGCCACGUGCUAUGCCAUGUUCAUCGGCCACGCCACCGCCCUCAUCCAGUCGUUGGAUUCCUCCCGGCGCCAGUACCAGGAGAAGUACAAGCAGGUGGAGCAGUACAUGUCCUUCCACAAACUGCCCGCUGACUUCCGCCAGAAGAUCCACGACUACUACGAGCACCGCUACCAGGGCAAGAUGUUCGACGAGGACAGCAUCCUGGGGGAGCUCAACGAGCCCUUGCGCGAGGAAAUCGUCAACUUCAACUGCCGCAAGCUGGUGGCCUCCAUGCCGCUGUUCGCCAACGCCGACCCCAACUUCGUGACGGCGAUGCUCACCAAGCUGAAGUUCGAGGUGUUCCAGCCAGGCGACUACAUCAUCCGCGAGGGAACCAUCGGCAAGAAGAUGUACUUCAUCCAGCACGGCGUGGUCAGCAUCCUCACCAAGGGCAACAAGGAGAUGAAGCUCUCCGACGGCUCCUACUUCGGGGAAAUCUGUUUGCUGACCCGUGGCCGGCGCACAGCCAGCGUCCGGGCGGACACCUACUGCCGCCUCUACUCGCUCUCGGUGGACAACUUCAACGAGGUGCUGGAGGAGUACCCCAUGAUGAGGAGAGCCUUCGAGACUGUGGCCAUUGACCGCCUCGAUCGCAUCGGGAAAAAGAACUCGAUCCUGCUUCACAAAGUGCAGCACGACCUCAACUCGGGCGUCUUCAACAACCAGGAGAACGAAAUCAUCCAGGAGAUUGUCAAGUAUGACCGGGAGAUGGUGCAGCAAGCGGAGCUGCAGCAGCACACGGCCAUGUACAGCCCGGUGCAACCCCAGGUCACCUCCGCCAUUGCCACCCUGCAGCAAGCCGUCGCCAUGAGCUUCUGCCCGCAGAUGGCCAGCCCGCUGGUGGGCUCCAUGGCUCUGGGCUCGCCCCGCAUGAUGCGUCGCUUGCAAUACGCCCAGGCCGUGCCCAGCCCCUUCGCCGUCUCCCCAGUGCUGCUGCAGCAGAGCCCCCCGCAGCAGCCGCAGCCCCCCGUGCCCCACGCCAACCCUUCGCCCUCGCAGGACCAGGUGCAGCCCGCCUCCGCCAGCACCUUUGCCGCUGCCAGCCCGCCGUCCCAAAGCCCCCUGGCCAGCCGGACGUUCGCCUACGGAGGGGCCAAGGGGCAGCUGGGCUCCCAGCUCUCUCUGAGCCAGCAGCAGACGCCCGGCUCGCCCCCACGGUUGGCCGUUCACAAAAGCACACAGGCGCUGCCCACCAGCAGCUUCAGCCAGGAUUCACGGCCUCUGUCGGCUUCGCAGCCCUCCCUGCCCCACGGGCUGGCGGCUGGCAGCACCCAGAGCCCCCCGGCCUCAGUGCACGAAUCCUCUGCUUCUAUCGGCGGAGGCCCAGCUGCCACCGCUGCCUCGCCGGGCUCGGGUCCCCCAGCCGGGCUGCGGGGCGCAGUGUCCUCGAGGGGGCCCCUGUCUCACCCUGCGCCCACUCUGCAGCAGGACUCGGCGGCAGCCCGCAAGGAUUCGGUGGGCAGCAUGCCCGACACGGACCCAGCCAAAUCCAGGCUGUCUUCCAACUUGUGACCUCCACGGGCGUGGGGACAGGGGUGCCGGGGGAGCCACAGCCAGGGCAGCCAGCCCCAUCCCCUCUGCUCCAUCCCCACCGAGGAGCCCGUGCCCCUUGGCCACCUCCAUCCCUGCUCCCUGGCUUCCUCCCA